GGACUAAACGCACAUGAAGUCAGACCCUUCCCCUAUUUACCCCUUAUUCGUCCUAAAGUCAGUGUCAUCAUAAUAAAAACGCGACUAGCGGGGGGUCUGGACCUCUGCCAUUCUUACAAAAGCGUCGCGGAUCCUCGGCGAGUGGAAGCCGAGCGCGCGCGUCCUCCGAGAGAACUUCCCGCGCUCUGAGAGGAGUAACGUCAGACAGGUAACUUUCAAACCGUCCCGUUGUCUCUUUUGCGUACUUGUGGAUUUUGAACUUUGCGCGUAUUCGCGAACCAGCUUUAAACGCGUCAAACAAACGGUUGAAGUCAAUCAAAAAUAGGCUGCUGAAUGACUUUUUUAUGUCAACGGACGAUAUGCUGGCUUGCUUCUGACUGAUCCCCAAGAGAUUUUCAAAAAUGCCUCGGCCGGGCAAGAACUCGUACAGCGACCAGAAACCUCCGUACUCGUACAUCUCUCUGACCGCCAUGGCCAUUCAAAGCUCCUCCGAGAAGAUGCUCCCCCUCAGCGACAUCUACAAAUUCAUCAUGGACCGCUUCCCGUAUUACCGCGAGAACACUCAGCGCUGGCAGAACUCGCUCCGCCACAACCUUUCCUUCAACGACUGCUUCAUCAAGAUCCCCCGGCGGCCCGACCAGCCGGGAAAGGGCAGCUUCUGGGCCCUGCACCCGGACUGUGGAGACAUGUUCGAGAACGGCAGCUUCCUGCGCCGCCGCAAGCGCUUCAAACUCCUCCGGGUGGAGCAUUCGGCAUGCAAGAGCGGCCCCGUGCUGCACUCCUACCACUCUCACGCCCAGCAUGCCUUGCACCAAUCCCACCACCACUCGGGCAAGCUGGGCGUGGGACACCCGGAGUACCUGGGCACCGUGGGGCGGCUCUCGCACUUCCAGAGCUACACGCUUGGCGGCGGACAGAGCGGCAGCUUCAAGCACCCGUUCGCCAUCGAGAGCCUGAUUGGAAGAGACUACAAAGGGGUGAUGGCCAGCGGGUUGCCCAUCGCCUCGGUCAUGCAUCACCUGGGGUAUCCGGUGCCCGCUCAACUGGGCAGCAUGGUCAACUCGGUGUGGCCCCACGUGGGCAUGCUGUCUGAGCCGGUGUCUUCAGAAUACCCUCCCUUCAAUGUGGCGGUCAAGGGGCUGUACCAUCAUCACCCGGGAGCCCAAAGCAUGCCCGCCGUGCCCGUGCCCAUCAAGCCAACGCCGACCCUGGGCGCAGUCCCGUCUUUGACUGGCAUGACGCCGGGAGUAACGCAGCUGUGCCCGAGAACGGCGGCGCUGAUGGAGAGAGACGCGACAGCUCUCGUCGAGGAGAAAAGCGGCUCUCUCCAUCCCGCUCUCCUUCAGUCCUGAACCAAACGCUGAAGAGUCAGACACGAGGGUACGUAGAGCAUGCUUUGGGGAUGGCUGUGGACCGAUUCGGGAUGCCAGCCUUUUUCGGGAAGACGCUUUGAGAACUGUGCGUCACUCUCAAGCAGAUUGUCAGAAUCGGCUCUGGUUUCUGCUUUAUGGUACGUGCACGUGUUUUAGCUCCUUUAAAAAAAAAAAAACCUGUACUGUACAAAGGACUGGAAAAAGAACAACGCUGAUGUACAUUUUGUAUACCCUUAAACACGAAGCCUUACGAACGCUACACGGACUGUGUGUAAUGAAUUAAAAAAAACACUUCUUGCAUGCUUGUGUGCCGCUGUCGAAGCGGUGGAUCGCUGUGGGUCCGGGAGAGAGUCAUGAAAUAACCCAAAGUGAAUUUUUUGCUAAAUUUAUUGUAUUCAUGUAAGAUAGAAAAUACCUUUAUGUUAAAACGCUGUUAUAUAUCAUCACCAUAAAUGUUAUACUUGUAAAUAGGUGUACAAUAUCAUCACUUACAGCGUUUGAAUUGCACUUGUGGUAUCUACUAACACAACGUUGAAAUAUUUUAUGAAGAUGAAACGAUCAAACGGGCAAUUAUAGGGAAUAAAAGCAGGCCUGGUUUACGUGUGCUGUUUUAAAGUAGCAUGUGAGUUUCAAAAAAAGAGCAGUAUAAUUGUAUGAGAUUUGUAAAUUAAAUAUUUUUAGAGUAAAUUCAGUUUUUGUGCAGUGCAACGUCUUUCUUUCUUUUUCUCACCGGUUUGUUCCUUUUUGUUUAUACCGGAGUAAACAUUACAACUGUUAGGUUUCUCAGCUGAAUUUGCUCUAGUGAAAUCAAAAGCAUUUAUAUGCAUGUAAAAUGACCAGCGUUAAUGAGCAGAAAAUCUUGAAAACGUACUUAAAUAAAAAGACUAUUUUAUGUAAUGCAAAAUAAAAUUUGUAUGAUUAGGAAAUAGUGGUUAAAUAAUCUUUCCGUUGUGCUUUCACUGAAUGUUCUUCUCGCUCGAUCCUUUCAUUUGGAUCUGUUUCCUAACAGUCGGUGGCUGAACGUCACGAGCGUAAAUAGCUUGAUAGUAAUGGUUUUCGCUUCUUCACCAUUUUUGAACAUUAAGACAAUUGUUGCUCCGAGGCACAAACACGAAAGACUGAGUCUAUUUGCCAAACUACAGAAAACAUGGCGCUGUCCAGCAGAGGAGCACUGACCUAAUAAUCCAGCCCCUUGAUGAGUGCUGCUUUAUUAGUUUAAUGCU